AUGACGACGAAAACACCAACACUACUACUAAAGAAGAAGAGAAAAGCGACGACUUUUUGGUGUCAAUCGUUCGUCGUCGUCUCGUUGCUCGUCUGUUUUUUAGGACAGUUGAAAGCGAUUUUUUCUUCUUCUUCUUCUUCUUCUGUUGAAAAUGAUGCGCGAAGACAUCAAAAACAAAAUCAACUUCAACACGAUCAUCAUCGGUACCAUCGAGAGAAGGAAGACGCGAAGAUGGUUUUUACAGAAAAAGAAGAAGAGGAAGAACCUCGUCCUCACAUUCACGUGUUGGCAACUUCGAACGGUUCUCCGUAUCUCAACUGGCAAACGCGCAUCAUGUAUCGAACUUUUUUAGAUAUCCUCCAACAACAACAACAACAACAACUUGAACAACCAAACGCAGAAAAACACAUGAAAUAUUUUACGCGGCUUUUGCACAGACGAACGGAUGACGAAUUGAUGAAAGAAGUGCCCACGGUUCGCGUGGAUUCUUUGCACCCAUCGUGUGAUAAAUGGUGCGCAUUUCCAGUGCACGACAGACCAGACGCCAUCAAGAAGUGGCUUCAAAGCGAAGACGCCAAACGCGGCGGCGAGAAGAAUAAGUUCGUGUUGAUGAUUGAGACGGAUUACGUGUUUAAAAGACCAAUGCAAAUACCAUCGCCACUGAUGGAGUAUCAUCGUAGUUUUCUUCAACAGAAGAAUACGAGAAAAGGGGAAGUUGGAGGUGAAGAACAAAAAGCAUCGGCGAUUGCCUUUCAUUUCAAUUAUAUAAAUCCACAUUAUCCAUCCUUGCCGCCGGUGAUGGAGCGAUUGAUGCAAAAAUUGAACGAUCCGAAAAAAAUAGUCGACACGAAGAAAAUAUUAGCGAGUGGACCAGCGCCGACGCUGAUUUACCUGGAUAGUUUAAAUAGACUCAUAGACGAUUACAUCGUGAUCACUGAAGAAAUAGAAAAAGACGAAGACGCGAAGAAAAAGCUGGGUUGGGUGCGUGAAAUGUACGCGUAUUCCAUCGCCGCGGCGACGAGCAACGUGAAGCACAUAGUCGAAGAACCGAGGAAAACUAUGUUGAUUUCGCAACCUCCGGCAGAUGAUGAUCUGUACGAAGCAUCCAUGUACCAUUACACGUGGGGAGCGAGAUAUGUGCGGGGGAAGGACAAAUCAUCAAUCGCAUGGGACUGGGAUAAACGACCGUACAUCGACGUCAAACACGUUCGAGAACCGGGAAAAUACAUGCCGCCCAUGCCGCCUGAAUUUAUCGAAGAAGGCGGAGAUUUGAAACUUUUAGACGGAACGUUAGUCACUUCAAAAUUGAACGACGUCAUGCGAGACUUGAUUGGUACCAUGAGAAAUGCGAUUCAGCGAUUAGAUACUCUAGAUUAUAACUGCGGAUGGCUCGAUACGGAACCAAAAUGCGAUUUUCGAUGUCAAACCGGCGAGUUGUGUUAA